AUGCAUUCAAUCAGAUACCAAUUAGCCAUUAAUCCCCUGGCUGUGCAUUUUCUUCUGUUUUCUCUUCAGUUGUGCUCAUCUGCCCCUUCCAAUGACAAUGGCUCCUUCAACGAUGAGCAGGCUCUCCUUGCCUUCAAGAAUUCCCUCACUUCUGAUCCAAACAGUUUUUUGUCAGUUUGGGAUGUCAACACUAACGUCUGCAACUGGACAGGCAUUUCAUGCAAUAAAUUGAUGAGAGUGUCAACAGUAAAUCUUGAGAGUUUGGGUUUAGUGAGUCAGAUUUCUCCUGUUUUGGGAAAUCUUUCCUCUCUAGAGGUGUUAGAUAUCUCUAAUAACUCUUUCCAUGAUGUUAUUCCAGAUCUCGGCCAGAAUCUCAGCAAUCUGAAAGAACUGCAUCUGUUGGGGAAUCAGCUUAGUGGGCCAAUACCAACAUCUCUAGGAAAUUGUUCCAAACUGAAAUUUCUUGACCUCAGCCUCAACAGUCUCAAUGGCAAUGUGCCUCUGCAAUUGCGUAAGUUGAGUUCUCUCCAACGUCUUUUACUGUAUGAUAACUUCCUCACCAGCUCAAGGACUUUGCCCUUUCUUUCAGCUCUUAUUAAUUGCUCUUCCCUGAAAACUUUAUACUUGGGCUUUAACCAUCUCGCUGAGAAUUUGUUCCCUUCCAUUGGCAAUCUGUCUGCCGAACUCACUGUAUUGUCCUUACAACAAAACCUUAUAGGAGGGAGAAUACCUCAAGAAAUUGGCAACCUAACCAAAUUGAUAUUGAUAAAUUUCACUGGAAAUGCAUUGACUGGCCCCAUUCCAUCUGAAUUAGAAAUGCUCAAGGACUUGGAAAGAUUGUAUCUAGGCCAAAAUAAAUUACAGGGGCCCAUUCCCUGGGAGAUUGCUCCGAUGUUAAUAAUUUUAACGCAGCAUAGUGUUAUUGCUCAUAAUAUGCCUUUCAGUGCUGAACUUUCUGAACUUCAAAUUGCUCACUGUGAUUUGAAGCCCAACAAUGUACUUCUGGACUUCUAUAUGACAGCACAUAUAGCUGAUUUUGGAAACGCCCAUAUACUAUUGAAAGUUCUGUUUGAUGCAGAGUAUGGAGUUGGUGGAAGGAUCUCACCUAAGGGAGAUGUUUACAGCUAUGGAAUUCUGUUAUUGGAGAUGUUAACAGGAAAGAGACCAACCCAUCAGAUGUUUGUUGAUAGACUCAGCUUGCGCAUGUGGGUUAGUAUGGCUUUUCCUGAUAGGAUUUCAGAGGUGGUUGAUGAUAGCUUGCUGUUGUGCAAUGGAGGUGUUACAGAUGCUACAUGCAAUUAUAUUAUUCAACUGAUUAAAGUAGCCUUGUUGUGCUCCAAAGAUUCACCUAAAGACCGGCCAAGUAUGGCGGAAGUUGUGGAGAUGUUGGAAUGUAUUGAGGACAUGUUUGAAGGGAGAACAGUGGAUUCUAAAUAUCAACAUGAUCUCUACGAAAUGGCAAUCAGCAGGAGACGUGCAAGAGAUCUUGCAGUGAAAAACUUAAGAAACAGGGCAAUUCAGACCUUUCUUGACACUCCUGCGCCUGUGCAGAAGGGAUCUGUGCCUAUGUGA